AAGGUCAGGGGUCGUAACCCGCCUCCUCAGGGUCUUGACCUUUGGAUGUACUGUCAUCUGAUUGGCCUGAUGUUGCAUCGUUUACUUCCUGUUAGCGGCUUUGCCCGCGGUCUGUAUUUACGCUGAAAGAAUUUUUACUGCAGCAGUGUAUGCUGCUAGCUACUUCUGUAGCCGAGUGGGAAUAUCCAUAUUCACUUUAGCUAGUAGUUCUUUCUCUAAAGAUGGAUUCGCGAUUGGAAAUCCAGCCAGAUCGCUUCGCCGUAGUUGUCGGACCGCAGUUUGCGACCCAGGUCGUCAGAGAGUUGCUGCACUGCGCUGCUGAAGAAAGGGCAGACCUACCAACGUUCGAUUUCAGGAGUAUAGUGGACUGCGGCGUCUCUUAUCUACUGGAGAAAGAGAGUUUCGCGGAUGAAGCUGCGAGAGCAAAAUUCGAGGCUCGCUACAGCAACGCGUACGAGCUGGACCCCGUCUUCGUCCUCCGUAAGAUAACGAGCAGCCUACGCGGCGCUGGCUGCUACGGAGAGUGGCUGGCGGAGCUGUUCGAGUGUCGCUUCCCGCCGAAUGCCGGCAGCAGAGGGAGCUCCGUGAGUCUGCAGAACCUGCUCGCCCUGCAGAGCCGAGGAGCCCUGCUCUUGUACGUACACUGCGACAAGAUAUUGGCGCAUGUCUCCGGGCAGGAGCCCGUGCUACUGGACGACGUGGAGCGGUGGGCCGCGGGAGAACGGGUGGGGAUCCUCCAGCCACACGGCAUCUAUUCGGAGCCAGACUCGGUCCAGCUAGACGGUCAGCUCUACGACACUACAGGAGGGAACCAUCCGCUGAAUGCAGCGAUGGAGAAGCUGAAGCGAGUGCUGUGCCGUCGCAGCAUCGUUCUUCUCGGGAAAGACUGGGCGAUGCCGGCUAGCGACCCGCUUCUCGCGAACUUCUGCAGGCGAUUCUUGAGCGAGACAACGGUGGAGAGGGGAGAUGCGGUCGUGUUCAACGCCGCUGGGGAAUGGUCAGACCUGUCGCCCGGCCUCCCCGUGCAAACACCGUCACCAUUCCCCGCCGUGUAUCCCAUGGGCAACAGCACCAUCGACCUGUGGAAACAAGUCAGCCUACCCUCUGUGCCAUGCAAUGGGAGCAAUCACCAACACAAGGAAGUGUGUCUCCUGGUUUCCAGCCAGACAGGGGCGAGGGAUGUGUCCCACAUGAUUUUCAAUGCUCCCGGAGUCAACUUUGCCCUUGUCAACAGUGCCACCUACGGAGAGGCCUCUGUUUACUCUGUCCUCCUGCGAGUGUCCUCGUCCAGUCUGCGAGAGCUGUGGCACUGGCUCCUGGCCACCUCUCGAGAAGCCCUCCUCUCCUCCGGGCUCCUGGGCCUUGCUCUGCACGGUGAUAUCUUCCUCUGGCUACGAGAUCCAGCCACUGUCCUCACUACAGGACACAGCACAGCUGGAACUGGGAGUCCUGAGAACGUCAACAGCUCACUGGCUGCGUCUCCCCGACAAAGCACUGGCAGUGGCACAAUUUCACCAUCAAACGUCUCCAGUCUGGGAACCAGUAGCCUGUGUGGGGACGUUCAAUCCUCCUCCCCUGGCCCCAAGCUCUCUCCCUCACCCUCUCCUCAGACAGGUGGCGAGAGGCGGGAGUCUCACCCAACCCAACACCACACCGCCGGGAAGAUCAUCCAGCGAUACAAGGUUGUCAAGAAACGCACCACUCACCACACACCGGAUGGCUACGGUGCUCUCUUUUCAUCCAAGACUUGCGAGGACCCGGGAGUGAUGUUUGGUGUCGCCUCACACGUUGGUGCCAGCAGCAAGUAUGCCAGGCGAGGGAGUCUCCCGCCAAUCAAGUGUGGCGAGGCCGGAAACACCCUGGCUCUCUUUGCAGAGCGUCUCCAAACCUCUUCCCCUGACGGCACCUCCCAAAUACCUUCCUACGUGGCUAUCAAACGCGCCCUCCUGUCGGACAAGUUCAAGCAUGUCCAGAACCCCAUCUCUAGGCUGGUGGCUCCAAAGAUGCUCCUCAACCUUCUCCGGGCCAAGAAGUUGUCGAUGAACGACACCGAUGACGCCGACAAGUUAAAUCUACUGGCCCACAGACGCAACUCAGACCCAGGGUCAUAUCUCCAGCACAGGGACAAGACGAGGAGGAGACAGCUUUUCCUGGACGAGAACCUCCAGUGGAUCAAGACGUACGGCUCCGUCAUCGAUCGCAAGAUUCAGGUCUGGCGGCAAAAGAGACUCCUGCGGAUGCAGAGGGAGUACUUCCUCCACCAGCAACAGCAGCAGCGAGAGAAGGUGGUCGGGGGCAUGCAGAACGAGCUCCACCUCAUGAGCACGGCCAAGCUGGUGUCCGGUCAGCUCUACGCCUCGCUAGCCUCUUCAACGGUAGGGUCCUCCCUCACAGCCGCUGCUGUUCCCCAGGCCUUUGUGACUGCUGCGGGACCUGGCCUCAAUGGGUUCUCAUCCACACAACUCAUGUACCAGCUCCCGAGUAAUGGUCUCACCCCCACGCCAGUCCUCGUCCCUACACCCUUCAUCUCCCCGUACGCCUUCAUGGGGGGCUAUGCCACCAUCCCCACCACUGCCCACACAACUGGUCAUCCAGCUGCAGCCUACAUCAUGCCACCCACUGCCCUCACCGCCGGGCAACACCAGGGGAUGAUGCUUCUAUCCUCUGGCGCUACCACCGCAACAUUUGGGAGUAGCCCCCCACUAUCUACCACUAACGAUGUGGCUCCCAACAUCAAGCCUCCAUUCAGCAGCCUCCUGGCACCGACGAGCAAGCAGUCACCAGUGGUCACCGAGUCAGAUAUGGAGGCAGGGAAACAGUCUCCCCACCAGCUGGUUGGCACCUUCAUCGGCUCACGCAAACGGAAGAACUCCUUUCCUGAGAAGCUUUCGACUCUUCUCCAGCCGCCCUCUGACCUUACCAAUGCUAGCUCCCCACCUGACUCAAAGAUUUGCUGCACCGACAUGCCCGAGCAUCUUUGCAACUCCAUCUCUCCUCCACCCCUCACAUCCUCACACAUCACCGCAUCACACGAAUACCACUCUUCACAUCACUCCUCCUCUUCCCCUCUGCACACUUUGAGCAACCAUCACCAUAACCACCAUAACCACAGGCACCGCCAUCACUACGCACACAGCUCCUCCCACCACCACACGAGCUCCUCCUCUGCACACACCCUCCAUCACAGUCGUCACUACCCUCCCUCCUCCCCACUCUCCCGCCACUCCCACCCCCACAAGCCGGCCUCUCCUCUGGAGCAGUGUCUCCUGCAGCCUCCAGCCAGUCCAGGCUCCGACGGUGGCCGGGUCACUGACAGUACUGGAGAUAGCUCUGCCUCCUCUCCUUCUUCUGACUACUCCAGCCAGCCGCCCCCCCAGUUGUGGCAGUUCCUGCUGGACCUCCUGCUGGCUGCCAACUGCUCCCACCUCAUCCAGUGGACUGACUGCUCACCGGAGGACUACGAGUUCACCAUCCACCGCCCCGCCGAGGUCGCACAGCUCUGGGGCAAGUGCACCAAAAACUCGGCCAUGAACUAUGGCAAGCUGGCCCGAGGCCUUCGCUACUACUACUCAAAGGGAAUCAUAGAGAAAGUGGAGGGGAAGAAGUUGACGUUUCGCUACAAUGGGUUCGCCCGGUCAUACGUCCAGCAGCGGUGCCAUCAGGCUGUGGACGUGACUACCAAUGUAGAGGAGAUGGUGGUUGUCGAGUAGUUUUCAUACCCAAAUCUCCCUCACCCCUCAUAUUUUUCCUCUGUUGUAAGAUUAUUUUUUGUUCUCUUCCCAUGUUGCAGUGCGCAUGCGUACGAGUUUUUGACGUGGCUGUCAACGUGGCAUUCGGCGAUGGCUCCGCGCACGCACGCGCACAAUGCGACCGCUUCUUUGUCUUCGACUGCGGCGGGUAUAUAUAUAAGCGCGGAGAAUAAGUGCUUUCGCCGGAAUAAAGAGGUCAAGAGGCUUUCUGGGUUAGACUAAUAAUAUACGUCACUGACUACGACCGCCGUAGUGUAACAAUGGUGACUUUGCUCCUCGUUCUCGUUGGUGUUCUCUCCGUUAGUGCCGGACCGACAGGUAGGUAAUAGUCGCUUUCGGCUUUGCGCGCGUCGCUGCUGCAUAUAUAUAAUUGACGGGG